GGCGGCCGGCCCCAGUGUCAAUGCCCGCACCAGCCAUGGCCCCGGCCUGUGGUUUGUAAGUUGUCAUCCGAAGCUCCCGACGUGGGCAGGUCCUGAUGGCUGCAGCAGCGGCCCUGGCAGCGGCCGACUCUCCGCCCGCGGUGCCGCCGGCAGCCGGGGCUGGAGGGCCCACUGCUCGCCGAGACUUCUACUGGCUCCGCUCUUUCGUGGCUGGAGGUAUUGCUGGAUGCUGUGCCAAAACAACUGUUGCUCCUUUGGACCGAGUAAAAGUUUUAUUGCAAGCUCACAAUCACCAUUACAAACAUUUAGGAGUACUCUCAACAUUGCGUGCCGUUCCCCAAAAAGAAGGAUACCUUGGAUUGUAUAAAGGAAAUGGUGCAAUGAUGAUUCGGAUUUUUCCCUACGGUGCAAUCCAGUUUAUGGCAUUUGAGCAGUAUAAAACGUUAAUUACCACCAAGUUGGGAGUUUCUGGUCAUGUUCACAGAUUAAUGGCUGGAUCCAUGGCAGGUAUGACUGCUGUCGUCUGUACUUACCCUCUUGACAUGGUUAGAGUACGUCUAGCAUUCCAGGUGAAAGGGGAACACACUUAUACAGGAAUCAUUCAUGCAUUCAAGACAAUUUACGCCAAGGAAGGUGGUGUCCGAGGAUUUUACAGAGGCCUGAUACCUACUAUCUUAGGAAUGGCUCCAUAUGCAGGUGUUUCAUUUUUUACUUUUGGUACCCUAAAGAGUGUUGGGCUUUCCCAUGCUCCUACCCUUCUUGGCAAACCUUCUUCAGACAAUCCUAAUGUCUUAGUUUUGAAAACUCACAUAAACUUACUUUGUGGUGGUGUUGCUGGAGCAAUAGCACAGACAAUAUCCUACCCAUUUGAUGUAACUCGUCGGCGAAUGCAACUAGGAGCUGUUCUUCCAGAAUUUGAAAAGUGCCUUACCAUGCGGGAGACUAUGAAGUACGUCUAUGGACACCAUGGAAUUCGAAAAGGAUUGUACCGUGGCUUAUCUCUUAACUACAUCCGCUGUAUUCCCUCUCAAGCAGUGGCUUUUACAACAUAUGAACUUAUGAAACAGUUUUUUCACCUCAACUAAAAAAAAAAA